UUUGUUUUUUGGGGAAGAGUAGAAAAACUCUUGUUGUUGAAGGUAAGAAAUCGACGGCUCAGAUUGAUUACCUUGCUUUGAAGUAGUAGAAGACUCGUGGACGACGAUAGUCCAGCUGAUUCGCCAUCUCCAGGAGUCGAAUUGCUUCGAGACGAUCAGCAUGUUGUAAUGAGCAACGGGAUAGUUAGCAUUAGAUUGACGGUGCCAGGUGGCGCCGUCACUAAUAUAACAUACAACGGGAGCGACAAUUUGCUUCUCCCGGAAGAUAAAGAAGCGGACAGAGGGCAUUGGAAUAUAGUUUGGAACAUGACCGAACGUGGCAAAAUUAUUGAUAAUUUAGAAGGAACGAGUUAUAAGGUCAUAGUGCAAAAUGAAAAUCAAACGGAGAUUUCAUUCACCAGAACAUGGACGGUUGGUAGCACUAACGCUCCCUUAAACGUCGACAAAAGAUUCGUGAUGCUUCGCGACUCGCCUGGAUUCUACUCGUACACCGUGCUCGAACGUUUAAAAGGAUGGCCUGUUUUUGACCUAGAGAACGGAAGAAUGGUGUUCAAACUCGAUGGAAACAUGUUCGACUACAUGGCAAUGUCGGAUGUGAGACAAAGGUAUAUGCCUACGAGCGAGGAUCGCGAGAACGGGGAGAAGCUUGAGUACAAGGAAGCUGUUCUCUUAACCAAUCCAAGCAAUCCUGAUUUCAAAGGGGAGGUGGACGAUAAAUACUUGUACUCCUGCGAUAACAAAGACAACAAGGUCCACGGAUGGGUUAGCAGUAAUCUUUCAUCGGGAUUUUGGAUGAUAACACCUAGCAACGAGUUUCGCUCGGGCGGACCUCUCAAACAGGACCUCACUUCUCAUGUUGGUCCAACUGUACUUUCCGUGUUUAUUAGCACACAUUAUGCCGGGGUAGAUCUUGCGCUCAAGUUUGAGAGUCAAGAGUACUGGAAAAAGGUUCUCGGCCCCGUUUUUAUCUACCUCAAUUCCGACGCUUCUGCAAAGACCAAUCCUUCUGUGCUUUGGAGCGACGCCAAAAAGAGGAUGCUAGAAGAGGUUGCUAGUUGGCCGUACAGUUUCCCGAAUUCGAAAGAAUUUGUUAAAUCCGAACAAAGAGGAGCUUUAAGUGGUCAAUUGCUUGUUCAAGACAGGUUCGUUCAUAAGAAAGCUGCGCCUGCUUCCUCGUCUUAUGUCGGAUUGGCACCACUGGGAAAAGCUGGUUCAUGGCAAUUCGAAAGCAAGGGUUAUCAAUUUUGGACACAAACGGACGAAGACGGGAGUUUUUCGAUUAAGAAUGUGAUACCCGGAAAUUACAGCUUGUUUGCAUGGGUGCCUGGAUUUGUCGGAGAUUACAAACAUGCUUCAGACAUCACUAUUACACCGGGAUCAAAUAUUCAGGCAACUAAUGUUGUUUUCGAUGCUCCAAGAAACGGUCCAACAUUGUGGGAGCUCGGAAUUCCCGAUCGAUCAGCCGCCGAGUUCUUCAUUCCAGAUCCAGAUUCAAGAUUCAAGAUCCAUCAAUACAAACAACCCGUCGAAAAGUUCAGACAAUACGGACUUUGGGCCCGUUACGGAGAACUGUACCCACAAAAGGAUCUAGUUUUUACAGUUGGCUCUAGCAAUUAUAGUCAAGACUGGUUUUUCUCUCAGGUUACAAGGAAUGUGGGAGGACAGUACGUAGGAACAACAUGGCAGAUUUUGUUCGACCUAAAAGACGUCGAUAAAACGGGAAACUAUACUCUCCAAUUGGCCCUUGCAUCAAUACAUUAUGCGGAAUUACAGGUGCGUUUCAACAAUCCGAAAUCAGCGCCACAUUUUACAACGGGGGUAAUAGGCAAGGACAAUGCAAUAGCAAGACAUGGCAUCCGUGGGUUGUACCGUUUUUACACUAUUCCGGUACCAGGGAGUUCUCUUCUUGUCGGAACGAACACGAUAUUUUUGACGCAGACACAAAUUCAAUCGCCCUUCGUAGAAAUCAUGUAUGAUUAUAUUCGUUUAGAAGGGCCGACGGUAUCACAUUAAUUAGUGAAAACAUUUUUUUUUUCUUGUGUUCUUUUUAUAUGUCCAUCUCAAGAAUAAUAUGUAACAAUGGCCCAAAUGUUGGCAUUAUAUUCAAUCUAUAAUUAGGUAUAGACUAUAGAGUGGUUUUAACAAAUAUUAUAGGUUUUGUUGGUCAUAGAUUCAAAUUCGAUCUAAUAUAUUGUUGUUUUUGUCUCUCUUGGUAGUGAAAAUAAUUGAAGUUUUUACGUAACGAAGGAACUCGCAGUUAACUAUAUAUGUGCACUGGAUAAACCUACACUUUCGUAUAAUAGUUUUCAAAUCAUACCAGAGACAUAAACCAUACUAGGCUAAUCAUGGUUGAUAAAAUCGACCUAACGACCGUUGACAAAAGAAUUCAAAUUUAGAUCAUUCGACACAAUCUCUGUUUCUCCAACCAUUAGGCCAUCCCUUACUUCAGACCGCCCACGGUAUUUCUCAUGUGAAUAUGGCUGAAACGAAAAAUCUAUAUAUAUAAUAGUAGUAUGAUUUAUUUAGCUCACCAUUUUGAUUCUUGGAAAUUAAUUAUAACCACUUUUCAGAAAUACAAAUUUCCAAUUAAAUUUGUGGCCUUGGUUGGAUUAAAAGGGAGUAAAGUAGAAAUCCUGGAGAGAGAGGAAAAUUGAAAAAGAGAAUAAUCCAACCUUUGAGUAUACACCAAGCAACAUCUACUUCAAUAGUAUUUUAUAAUCCCAUAAAUUAAAGUGCAAUUUGCUAAAUAUCACCGAUCACUAAUACCCUCUCAAAUCAGGAUAGUUAGAUUUUCGCAGUUUGCUGAAAGUCCAUCCGACAGUUUAGUUAGAGAGCUUAGACUAAAAAUAAUCAUUUAAACUAAAAAUACAUUAUUAUAUUCCAAUUCAUCCGUCCUCAAAACCACAUUCACUCUAAAAAAUGAUUUUUCUUCUACUCUUCAACUAAGUUAUUUAUUUUCAGUCUAAAUUGGUCGAUGGACUUUUUGCAAAGUCAAAAUAACCGAGCAUAACUCCCUGCUGAUGUCACAUAGUCUGCACAUACACCUUGUGCGCCGCUCUAUACAUAAAGACGAUCGAGUGGUACAGACGUGCGCGAAAUGGUACUGAAAUUUCUCAUGGCAAAAGCCACCUACAUUAAUUUUUUGGUGAGAUUUUAACGAAAAACCAAUAUAUCAAUGUCUCUCUAAAAAAAAAUGGCGUACGCAACAUAUAAUUUGAGAUGAAAAUUGCUAAUUUAAAAAUAUUAGGGUGCAAAAUACCAAUUAGUGUUGAUUUUUGAGGUGCAUAACGCAAUUCACUCCUAAAGCAAACUAGGAAUGCCUAGGGAAUUUAGUUUGUCCCUUAAAUAAUAAAUAAUGGACAUUCCUAACUCUCUUUCUUUCUCAAUAGUUGGUGGUUUACACUUUUAUUUUAUAUGUGGAUUACUAAAGUAAUUGACAAAUAUGCAAAUGGCUAACUUA